GGUCACACAGACUAUUUCCUGUUUUCAAACAAGGAACUUAGCAUAGCAGCUGCCGCUCGACUGCUCACUGAACUUGGAACAGAGAGCUGAAGGCGGCCAUGUGACACCCCUCCGGACCCCUGAACUCGCACAGGACCAGAGGCCUCAGCAGCCUUGGAACAUGGCAAGUCCUGAGCACCUUGGGAGCCCUGGAUGGGCAGGACCCGUAGCCACUGGCCCAGAACACCCACAUCGAGGACCUGAAGGGCACUUAGAUGCCCAGGACAGCCCGAGCCCCCACUCGAGCAUGACCACACGGGAACUGCAGGAGUACUGGCGGAGAGAGAGGGGCUGUUGGAAGCGCGUCAAACUGCUCUUUGAGAUCACUUCAGCCCGUAUCGAGGAGAGAAAAGUCUCCAAGUUUGUGAUGUACCAAAUCGUUGUCAUCCAGACAGGGAGUUUUGACAGCAACAAAGCUCUCCUGGAGCGGCGCUAUUCAGACUUCGAGAUGCUGCAGAAGAGCCUCCAGAAGGCUUUCAGGGAAGAGAUUGAAGAUGUCGUCUUUCCCAAAAAGCACCUGAUGGGGAACUUCACCGAGGAGAUGAUCUCUGAGCGCAAGCUGGCCUUCAGGGAGUACCUGCACCUGCUCUACAGCAUCCGCUGCGUCCGCAGGUCCCGCGAGUUCAUCGAUUUCCUCACAAGACCAGAGCUUAAGGAAGCCUUCAGCUGCCUGCGAGCAGGGCAGUACACCAAGGCCCUGGACAUCCUGGUGCACGUGGUGCCCCUACAGGAGAAGCUGACCGCCCACUGCCCUGUGAUGGUGGUCCCGUCCCUCUGCGCCAUGCUGGUGUGUCACCGUGACCUCGAGUGCCCUGUGGAGGCCUUUGCAGCCGGAGAGAGGGCCCUCCAGUGUCUGCAGGCCCGGGAGGGCCAUCGUUACUACGCCCCUCUGCUGGACGCCAUGAUCUGCCUGGCCUACAUGCUAGGCAAGGACUUUGUGUCACUGCAGGAGAGACUUCAGGAGAGCCAGCUCCGGAAGCCCACCCCCAGGAACUUCACCCUGAAGGAACUCACCGUCCGAGAAUAUCUGUACUGAGCCACGGCGGCAGGGAAGCUAGAGAUUUGGGACCACCACUGCUGUGGGGACUGUUUGGGUUCAUUUUGAAUGCAAAGAACCCCUUUAGGCUCUAAUUUGCUGGGUGACCUUGGACAAGCCCCUCCCCUGGUCCUCCCUUUCCCUACCUGUGUUGGCAGAGCUGCUGUCACUUGUCUUUGGCAGUCUCUGCUUGUGUCCUGUGUCCCUUUGAUACCAGGCCCAGUUCAUCUCAAAACCACAACAAGCCCAGCUGCCAAACACGGGAGAGUCAACCCCACCUUUCUGAUGUUUUUGUAGGUAGUUGGAGAAGAGGUUUGCAGUACACACCACAGACAAAACUCAGUCCAUUUCCUAACAGAGGACUCUCUCCAGUUGUCAUGAGUCUUUUCUCUCUGCUCUUCCCUGUUCCAUGUUGCUUGCAAACAUUCCCACCCAUUAUCCUAAGUAUUCUAACUCUUCCCUCUUAGCAUAUAGACCCAACUGUGCAAAACAAAAGCUCACCUGCGGCUCCUCAAGGACAAGUUCAUCCUGAGAUGGGGUGUAUGUCAACCUUUGAAGGGUGGGAUGAUACUGGGCUAGAAUGCAGUUGUAUCAUAAAACGCUGUGAUACAAGGCAUUUUUAGCAAAGGAAGUUGUCAGUGAUUCUCUGGUUAGAAUGAUCUAACCGUUACCUAGGGUGAGUUUUCAUUUAUAAGGCAACUCUCCCUUGAAUGAGCUCCCUGAAUCUGUAGACAUAACCCUGACGGGAGGUGGGAAAAGAUACUCAGUGGGGCCUCUGGGUAGAAAAUAGAUCAAAAUGCUCAACACCUCCCCAUUUGAGGGACAAUGUUCUUGGAAUGUCUCUGAUGGCUUAGGAUUCCCGAGACAAAAGUCCACUGUCAGGGAAGGACACCAAGGGCCAAGAGUGAAGGGGAUUCUGGACCAAUGAUCUGGGGUCAGCACUGGGUCUGAAGUUGAUGGUACAGGGUGGUUUGGGCCCAAUAUGUGUUUGAGGCUAGAAGUCCAUGAAGACCUCAGCCAUGUGGCUGAGCUUAUCACGGUAAACUUGGGAAGGCUACAGCUUGGAAACCACAGUGUGGGACACCAGAAUGACCUGUUGGGAAUCUGGCUCAGCAAAGGGCUCACCAAAGCAGUGGACAAGCAUUCACUAAACUGCACCAGAAUGUGUUCACCAGUGAUGCCAUGUGACAAAAGUUGUAGUGGCCCAAUCAGGCUCUGUCCUGGAGGUUAGCCACAGACUGACACCUUGGGACAAGAAAACCUUCAGGAAAGCUUCAAGUGUCUCAGUUUACUCCAGGAGAAGGAAACUUCAAGUGGGAGAUACAGGACUUCCUGAAAAUCUGGGCAUAUGGAAAUUGAAAGUGUUAGAUGGAAAAAUAAAAGCAAUGUGACUCUA